AGUGAGCGAGAUGGAAGAAAGAGGCAUCGAAAUAAAAAAAAAAUAAAUAUACGAAGCACGAGAAAUCAGCGGCGGCGUGUUCGUAGUAGAGACGACCGAAUACAGUUGUACAGUAGAAUAGAGGCGAGAGGCGAACGGAGAAGUGUUUCUUUCGUAUUAUUAUUUCGACCGAAGGCUAUUAUCCCAAUUUAAAAUAUUUUAUUAAACCUCUUUCACAUCUAUACUUAUAUAUCAACUAAUUGUUAAAUUAUGGCAGAGAAAUUCGAUACUUUAAAAACAACAAAUGAGGAUGACAGCGAAGAAAUAGAUCUCUGCGAUCCAACCGCAAAACUCAGACUACCACCAAUCGAAAUAGGGCCGAAUGAGCAUCCUUUACAAUUUGGUUAUGCUCUAUGGUAUACAAGGAAUCCGGUCGGCAAAAUCACCGAUUCGGGUUAUGCUCAAAACCUCAGACUCGUAGGCAGAUUUGCCAGUGUCGAGCAAUUUUGGGCUUUGUACAGUCAUUUACUAAGGCCCUCCGAACUUAUGUCAAAUUCUGACUUUCAUCUCUUCAAGAAUGGUAUCAAACCCAUGUGGGAAGAUGUCAACAACCGCAUGGGUGGAAGAUUUCAGUUAAAGUUAAAAAAAGGUCUGGUUGAUCGUUGCUGGGAGAAUCUUUUACUGGCUUUGUUAGGAGAGCAAUUUAUGGUUGGAGAAGAAAUCUGCGGCGUUGUUGUAUCAGUCAAGUUUGGGGAAGACAAACUAUAUGUAUGGAAUCGCAAAUGUGAAGAUGUGGCAACGAGAGCAAGAAUUAGAGAUACGUUAAAGAGAGUAUUAAAUAUACCUGCGGAUGCUCGAAUGAAAUACAAAACUCACAAUGAUGCUUUAAAACACAUCGCGCCGAAAGGCCAAGAUGAGUGAACAAAGGAGAUCAAAGACAAAAAAAGUUGAGCGACAAACUUUUACCACCAUACCCUUUUCCGAUGUAUGCAGAAAAACGAAGCACCAGUGUGAUUUUUCUUUCUUCUCCAAAUAACGAAAAGUGGCAGGAUGCAAAAUUUGUACAUCUCGAAAAGCUGUCCACAUCAAAAUCUCGAGGAUACGAAUUACAAACGGGUGAAAAGUUAACGCAAAGUCUGACUGAUAAUUCGAGAAGUGUGUUGUGAUAAGCGUCUUAUGAAGAUCAACGAAAUACAAUAAUAUACUCGAUUUCGUCGCUAUAAAAGAGUAAUAAAGACCAAGCUGGAAGUUUCAUACGAGAAAAGAAAAUACCGAAGACUAUCAAUGAAAAGCAA